ACCCGCUGCCCUCCUCCCACAGGUCCCAUUUCCUUAACGAAGAACAGCGCUCUGAGCCUCCCCUGCCAGAAGGACGGACUGAUCGGAGUGGUCAUAAACCCCAACGAAGUGUUCUGCUCCGUGCCGGGGCGGCUGUCCCUGCUCAGCUCCACAUCGAAGUACAAAGUGACGGUGGCGGAGGUGCAGAGGCGGCUCUCCCCCCCGGAGUGUCUCAAUGCCUCUCUGCUGGGAGGUGUGCUCCGAAGAGCGAAAUCCAAAAAUGGUGGCAGAUCAUUAAGAGAAAAGCUGGAUAAGAUUGGUUUGAACCUUCCAGCUGGUAGAAGGAAAGCUGCAAAUGUGACACUAUUGACAUCUUUGGUGGAAGGUGAAGCUGUGCACCUUGCUCGUGACUUUGGCUACGUGUGUGAGACGGAGUUCCCCUCCAAGGCUGUGGCUGAGUACCUGACCCGGCCGCACAUGGGCCGCAACGAGAUGGCCAACAGGAAGAACAUGCUGCUGGCUGCCAAGCAGAUCUGUAAGGAAUUCACAGACCUCCUCACUCAGGACAGAACUCCGCUGGGAAACACGAGGCCCAGUCCCAUCCUGGACCCUGGCAUCCAGGGCUGUUUGACUCAUUUUAGCCUGAUCACACAUGGCUUUGGGAGCGCUGCCAUCUGUGCUGCCAUGACAUCCGUCCAGAACUACCUAAAUGAAGCAUUAAAAAUAGCAGACAAAACAUACAUGAACACUGGCGACCAGAGCCCCGCAGAAACCAACAAAACCAUCGAUAAAAUGGACAAGCACAGGAAGUAAAGGAGCAAAACCAGACUUUAGACUCUUCCUCCUUAACGCAGACUGGGAUCUUCUUGCCGGGGGGAACGUAGCAAUUUGGGUACUUUUUUUUCUUCUUUAUUAAGAAAGGAGGGAAAAGGAAACAAGAACAACAAAAUCAUUCAGGAUCUUCACUCCUCCUGGAUCCGGGAGACAAGUCUUUCCAAAAGCUGCAGUGUCCCUUCUCUGUGGAAGCAGUGACCUGAAGAUAAGUACUUGGUACCCGUGUGUUGCCAUCCUUUGCUGUAAAAGUGGUGCUAUAAGGGUUUCUGUUGGAAAUAGACAAAGAGAUGAAAUACAUAGAUUGCUUCCCCACAUCUCGGUACCUGGUGGCAACCAGCUUUGUGUGUAGCUCUUAAGAGACAGAUUUUACAUGGGAGGUUAUUUGUUAUCAGAUAAAUUUUCAGGGUUUUAUUCUCUCUUAAUGCAACAGCAACAGUAAAGCAGUAUUAAACAAUGCUAUAUAGAUUUAUGUACAUUAAAAAAUUUUUUACAAACACCUGAAAAUAGUAAGAUUUUUCUCUUUUUUUUUUCUUUUUCCCUUCAUUUUCAGAUUUCCAUGAGAGAGUGCUAAAAUCCUGGUGGAUAAAGUUAUCUGAUGGCAUUGGCCGUACUCAAUUUUAUGGAAAUGUUCAGGCUUUUAAACACUGCAGUAAUGUUGGCUGCAGUGAAAAUUAUCUCGGUAUUUUUUUAAUGAGGAACAGUACAAAAUGAAAACACGUAGAAAAUUCACUUUCUGUGUUUGAGGAUAUUGCAGCUUUAUUCACAUAUUUAUAUUGUCUUUUUUUUUUAUUAAUUGGGGGGAACUUGGAAAAAUAGGCACAUACUUUUUUUUUUAACUUUUUUUGCCUCGUAAGGCCAAAAAUAAUUUCCAGGGAGGCUUUAUGUGUAUUAAGGGAAGCAGUGUGUUGAAUGUAAAUAGUAAUUUAUGUGUAAUUUAAUCGGAU